AUGGCUAUAAAUUUCUCCCAGUGUCUUUUCCUUUGGAUUUUUGUAGCCUUUUGCUCGUAUUUGGUUAGAUUUUCCUCUUGCCAACCAAGCGGUUAUUCACAAGCUGUUGCAACCUUUUAUGAAAAUCCUACUAGUCCUGGGAGUGGUGGAGCAUGUGGGCUCGAAAAUGACGUAGUGAGCGCUCCCUACGAUGCAAUGAUCAUGGCGGAAAAUCAAGCUCUAUUUAAGCAAGGCUCGGAUGUGGUGUUGUGCACCCAAGACCAAAAUCCGCAUUGUUCAGGGAAUCCAAUAACAGUAACCCUUACAGAUGAGUGCCCAAGAGUAUGCAAUAAUGAUCUGGUUCACUUCGAUAUAAGUGAAAUUGCCUUUGAAAAAUUGGCAAAGUCUGGUGAAGCUUCACAAUUAUAUAAUGCAGGAAGUAUCUCGAUUUUUUACCAAAG